GCCACGCCCACACACCAUUUACAUCCGAACCUGAAAUCUCCAAAGUCCAAGCAGAAAGCGCCGGUCUUUCUAAUUAGUUAAAUAAUUGAGCCACAAAAUAUUUUUUUCUUAAUUAAAUUUUAAUUCAUUUUGAUAAGCUCCUUCAAGGUUGUAUAUUUAUCAUGUCUGGUGUCGUGAAAAAGCCACAAUCUCUGGAAAAACUUCUCAUCAAUGUGAAGAGUGUUGACGGGAAAGAAUCAAAGAAACUCGCUUUUAGCAAAGAAUGGUGUGAAAACAGAGAAUGGAUGCAUUUCUCACCUGUGGAUGGCACUGACGAUUGGUUUGAGGCGGUGUCCGAAUUUGAGGACGACUUGAUAUGGCUGCUUUCUCUUCCGCACAACAAAUUUUGGUCUCAACUGGUCUUUGACCCUGGUGCCAGGACAGCGUUGGUCUCUUACCUUCAAAAAGCGCCACGAAGCUUUGACUCUGACCUGCUCGGACUUGCACCAACGCAGAAAGAAAUUCUCACCAGAGUGCACAAUUUGGUCUUCAAAAUCUACAAUCGUCUGAUGACCUCCAAAGAAUCUGACACGUGUUUCCUGAGCAAAGAAAUGCAUGGCACCAUUAUGUAUGAAAACUAUUUGCUUGAUGUUCCUGCCAUGCUUGACCUUUGCCUCCUAUUUGGCGUCACGGAAAGGCGAAACCUUUCAAAACUUCUUCAGUCUGUGAUUAAGUCUCAGCCAAAGUAUGCUAGCGACCUUCAGUCCACAGCUCAGAUGUUUGUCAAAGCGCUCAAAGACUUGGAGCAGUAUUUUGUUGGAGAGGCGGCUGCAGGAAACUCUGAACCUGUAAAACUUUCAAAUCUUUGCCCAUCAGAAAGAGGAUUGAUCAAAGAACAGCAAUUGGAAGAUUACAUUUUGUUCCUCAUUGACAUCGUUUCCUCGACCUCGAUGCUGCUUGAAAUAUUACCUAGUUUGCUCCCUUCCUUUGUCUCUGCUCUUCCAGAAAUAGAGAUUUCUCAGUUUUAUGAGCAAACGUUGCCUACAAUGUAUAAUAGCAUAUCUCAGGUGGAAAUUGAAGACAGGGGAAGUUCCUUCAACACUAUGAUGAACUGCGCUCGAGUCAGUCUUUUGAGCGUGGCCAAACUCACCCUCAACCACAGAGCCAAUUCCAUUAUUAGUGAACAUGAGUUCACUAGAGCCAUGGGUCAGACUGAAGAGUAUUUAACUGUUCUUUCCGAGUGUCUCUCCUGCCCAAAGUUCAUCAUGGAUUUGCAUUCCGUCUGUCCACUGGACUGUGAUUUGAAAAGACUUCUUGAAGCUAGGCCAGAUAUUUUAGAUGAAUCCAAAUGCAACUACCUGACUGACUCAAUAUUCAGCUGCCUGGAGUCCUGCAGUGUAGAAAGACGUAAUCGCAAAUCUCCUUCAGCAUCCGAGCCGUCAAGUUCUAUGAGCAACUCAUCUAAAGAACCAACACCAGCACCUUCGACGUCAAAUACCCACAUUAGGACUGACGAAGUCAUGUCUGAAGAUAUCCUGUUGGAGUCUUUGAUUUGCAGCAUUCAGGACAUGCUGCCAGAUCUUGGUGCAGGCUUCCUGAAGAAAUGCCUAAAACAUUACAACAUGGAUAAAGAGGCCGUUGUAAAUGCUGUGCUCGAAGAUUCCCUUCCCCCAGGACUGAAAGAAUUAGAUAGGACUCUUCCCUUACUGCCUACUGAGAUUAUGGAAAGUAACAAUUUGCCAACUCUGACACCAAGGUUGAAUGUUUUUGAUCAUGAUGAAUUUGACAUUAUGAGUCGAAAUUAUAUUGACACAUCAAGAGUGCACCAAGGCAAACGAAAAAGCAAGCACAAGAAUCUUUCUCAGUUGCUGGACGACAAGAAAGAUUUGGCACAAAUCAAGGACACAUACACCAGUUAUGGUACUGUUUCUGAUGUUGUCUACGAUGAUGAAUAUGAUGAUACUUACGACGAACUCAAAGAAUUCAAAAUAGAUGAUGGUGCUGAUCCUGACGCUGAAAGGCGGCCGUUUGUCACUCCGAGAGUGCUUCGAAAGAAAGUGGAAGUUGUAGAAGAGGAAGAAGAAGAAAGUGAGGAGGAAACUGAAGAAAAUAUUCCAAACAGAGACAACUUUGCUCAAGAUCCAGCUUUAAUGAGGGAGCGUGCACAGCAGCGACGAGAAGCUAAAUAUGGGCCUCCAAGGCAAGCACCCCGAGGAGAUGUUGUUGGGAAUGCCAAAGGCAAAGGUCAAGAUGCUAAUGUGCUGCUAAACAGAAGACGCAAAGAUGCUAACAAAUCAAGUCGUGGAAACCACAACCGAAGGGCUGGAGCUGAGAGAAAGCUUCGUCAGGGAAUGAUUCCUUCGUGAAAGGUAUAAUCGAUAAUGUGAUGAAGUCUUAUAUUUGUCAAAAAUGGAUCACAUAAAGUACUUUUGUGAUAAUUUUCAAACAUAAUCUUUUCCUGAAACUUAAAUAAAAAAGCCACAAAUUUAUUUAUCAGUAUAUAAA